AUGAACUGUUCGCUCUUUGGCUCCACAACGAGUCCCAAGCAGGCGAUGCUUCUUCGAGUGUUUGACGGCUUCGGGCUGGCGUCCACCCACUUGCGCAAGCUGCAGCACGCGCCGCUGUUCCAGGUUGUGUCUGACUGCCGGCAGGGAGCGGCGGAGACAGGGACCAUGGGCGGCGCAUCCUUCACCGAGAUCUGGGCAUCGCGCGCGCGCACGCCGCACAACGUCCUGCUCGAGAUGUCGGACGACUCGGCAAGGGACACGCUGCUCACGGUGCAGCUGCAAACCUCGCUGUAUGGGCUUGAGGACCCACCGGCGUUCUUGGAUGCUUAUGUAUCGGUGUUCACGGGGUUCUCAGCGAGUUAG